AUCAUCUUCGUAGUCUGCUUUGGGAAUCUCUGAUCAUUAACUUCAAGCACAUUAUGAUAUGCCACUCUAUACAGACAGAUUACAAACAUAAUGUUGAAAUCCAGGCCAUAUUAAAGAAAAUGGGCAUUUUGCUAUCUAUUUCAGUGGGGCCAGGAUUUCCCCCAAUAACAGUGGAAUCUCAAUUACCUUAAGAGACUCGCAGAGAAGCUAACCCAGCAAGCAUAAAGGAGUUAACUUUUUCAGUUUAUACGUGAGUGUGUGUAUGUGUUCAUGUGUGUAGGUAAAAGGCUAUUACUAAAAGCAGUAUUUAACGGAAAUACAUAGUCAGAAGCGGAAAAGCAGAACACAGGUUCCUCUGGUUUGCAGACUGGAAGUUAUUCUGUAUGCAGUUAACACCCCCUGCUUAAACCAGAGAGAAAUCUACAAGUUCAAAGGAGACAAGCUAAUGACCUCUUUGAGAGGUCACUAAGAGUAACACUGGAGAUAUGGCGAAUAGCUCCAUCGAAACUUAUGUGCAGCUGUUCCAGAUAACCGUGUACAUUCCCACAUUUGUCCUGGGAUUGCUGUUCAAUGUGAUGGCUUUGUGGUUUGUCUUUUGUAAGAUCAGGAAGCUGACAGAAUCAACAAUCUACCUGGUGUCACUUAUUACUCUGGAUAUCUUACUGCUGUUUACCCUUCCUUUUAAAAUCAUUUCCUAUGGCUCCCAGAACAAAUGGAACUUGGGGUCUGCAUUCUGCUCAUUCCUGGAAAGCCUCUACUUUGUGAACAUGUAUGGGAGCAUUCUCAUCUCUGCAUGUAUAUGUGUGGACAGAUAUAUCGCCAUCCGACAUCCAUUCUUAGCCAUUUCCCUGAGAUCCACCAGGAAAGCUGCUAUGGUCUGUUCCAUCGUCUGCAUGGGUGUCUGGGCCGGAACUUCUUUUACUUACCAAUUCCAUGAUAGCACACACACUAUGUGCUUCUAUGGCUUCUCUAAUAAAACAUGGGGAAACCCAGCUGUGCCUAUCGUCUUGGAGACUGCGUUUUUUGGCAGCAUGAUAGCAAUGAUCUUCUGCACAGUUCAGAUCAUCAUAUGCUUGAAACAGAGCAGAAGGCCAGACGAUCCCCUUACUGACACAAGUAAAUCAGUGAAGAUAGUCAUGGCAAACCUAGUCACAUUUGUUGUCUGUUUCACCCCUUUCCAUGUGAUGUUGUUCUUGUAUUAUUUGGUAAAAAAAGAGGUCAUCAAGAACAGUCUUCAGCAAAUCAUACGCUCUCUUGUUCAGAUCAGCCUCUGCUGGGCUAACCUCAACUGCUGCCUGGAUGCAAUUUGCUAUUAUUUUGUCCUUAAGGAGUUUUUGAAAUCCCCACCUCAGGAGACCGAGAUAACAACCAACAGUAGUUAAUCAAAGUGCUGUGCGUCUCAACAUUCUGGGAGCAGAAGGGGAAAGCUUUUGAAAAGUGACCACUUCUAGCUAAUUUUGAAGAUUGUUUUCAUCUGAUGCUCACUGAACUCUGUCUCUUAAGCCACCAUCCAAAGGACCAGCAAAAAUCAAUUGCCAAAUAAAAGUAGUUCUAACUAACAGUCAAAGAAAACUGUAUUUGAAAACCAAAUGGUUACCUGAAAGUGUUGCCUACUGGAGAGCUACUUCAAUAGGAACUGUGGGGGCUCAGUUAAUAUAGGUGGAAUUUUUUAUUUGAAAAUAUAAAAACAGUGAAACCUGUACUAAGAACCACCUCCUUAAUUGUUCCUUUUGCAUCUUGUUUUGUCUUGGUGUUUGUAAAAAAUAAGAAUUGAAACUAUUUCCUAUAAAUGGUAACACAAAUCCCAACCAUGAGUGGUGUCUCCUGUUUUCUUGAAAAGCGUAUGUGUGGGUUUAGUGUCAGCAAAGGUUCCAGACUGACUGCCCCGGAGCCAGA